AUGGCAGCACCGGGGGAACCGAGAGACGUGUGGAAGCAGAUCUCAUUUGGAACAUGCCAAGAGCGGAAAAUACUCCCUUUGCACGAUGCUCCAGACAGGCUGGGGGCCCAGCUGAAGUCCAUCAGGGGAGAGCCUUCCCUUGGGCCAGGCUGUUACCUGAGCCAAGAGAGAAGCAGCUUCAGGUACUCCUUGGAAAACAAACCACUGAGCAUCAAAGGCUACGUGAUAGGAGCGAGGACAGCCCAGCGCUUCCAAAUACAGCCACAGACUGUGACUCCCAGCCCAGCGAAGUACCAGCCAUUCUGGACGAAAGAGAGGAAAUGCCAGCCUGCCUAUGCUCCAUUCUCCACUAAGACACCACGAUUUCCACAUAAGCCUUCAGACAGAGAAUUAUUCCCUGGACCUGGAACUUACAAAGCAGACAAGCAAUUACACAAAAGUAUCACUUGGCCGAUGAAGUUUGGGUCUCCAGACUGGUCUUUAGUGCCGAUGCCACCAAAGAGGAUGCUGAAAAUGGAGGUACAGAAGAUAACCAUAGACAAAGAGCUCAGGAGACACCGGAACCGAGUGGCCUACCUGAGCUUAUACUUCAACUGA